AUCGAAAGAACAGAGAAGACUCUCCACAGAGCGGACAGACAGAGCUUCCAAUGGGUCAUCACUUCAGUAAGCCAACUGUACGCGUUGCCAGUCAGGACAAGAACAACUCCAGCAAUAUCCAACAGAAGAGACUCGAGGAAGUGGAAGUGGAAGACGAAGCAAUCAGCCUGGCAGAGGAACAGCCCCAGCAGGUGCAACUAGUGGAGGAAAUCGUAGCACAAACGGACGCCGCCAGCUCGGAAGUGCGUCAAAUCAUAAUCAAAAUUCAAUUGGCCAAAAUGGAGAAUGGCAAUGGUGGUCAGGUGCUACACGAGGAGGAGGAGGUGCAAGGUAUCGCCGUCGCUGCCGCCGCCCUGUCUGCGGACACGCUAAAUGCAAAUGAACAGCAGAUUGUGGUGGAGGCGAGGGCGCUGGCGAGUUCCGGAGGCGGACUCGGAGUCGGUGUUGGUGUCGGAUCGGUUGCGGUGUCAAAUCGAACUGCUGGCAGUUCAACGGAAGCGCCAAAAACCGAGAGACAACAGCUCGUGAAUAACAACAAUUUAGCGGGAAGUGGUGUCGGAGUCGGGAACAUUGUGGCUGAGGCAGCGAUAAGUACGCUACAAUUGAACGACGUCCACGACGCCGACGCUGACGCUAACGCUGCUGCUGCUGAUGAUGAUGAUGAUGAUGAUGAUGAUGUGGAUGAGUCGCUGCUGCGUCGGCGUCACCAGCACAGCCACGAGGCCGAAGUCGUUGAGUACUGCGAGGUGCUCGAGUCGCUGCCAGUCAGCGAAAUGUUGUCGACGGGAGCACAACACAUCGGCCCUAGCGUCAGCAAUAGCAACAGAAACAGCAAGCAAGCUCCUAGAGGGAGUGCCGCCAGCGGAAACAGUUGCUGUCGGAGUCGCAGCAGCAAAGCCCUGUCCAUGGGGGCAACAGAAUCCACGGCCGCAGCAGCGGCAGCGGCAGCAGCAGCAGCAGCACCAACCAGCACCAAGCGACGCUGCUGCAAGUGCAAGUGCCGGGACGCCCUGAGGGGCUUCAGAGAUAUGCUCGACUCCAGCAAGGAUAAGAAGGAAAUCAGCACAUCAUCGUCAUCCUCCGCGGUGACCAGCAGGAAAUCUCGCACGGCAGAUCGCCGGUCGACGCCACCCACUCUCAGUGGGGCCAGCGGAAGCGGCUUGGGGAUUCCCCAGCAGCGGCUGCAGACACAGAGGAAACGGAACUCCGUGGCGGUGCCAGAGCCAAGUCAGUUGGCGAUUUGGACAGCCCCGGCGAAUGGUGAUGUCAUCAUCCGAAUCAGCUCGCCGCAGUUUGUGGUGGAGUCACCCAAUGCCCGGGUAACAGUGGGCCCCAACAUUCGUCUGGUCACGGAGCCGGCGCCGGCACCGCUUCUCCCACACCUGCAGCAGCAGCAGCUGGAUCCGCAGCAGGUUCCUCCAGUGCGUCUCACCUAUGGCCGUCGCAGCGUGACCGUGCACUCGCAGAUAGACUUUAUGCAUUGCCUGGUCCCCGAUCUGGAGCGGAUCAUCAACAGCAGCUUCUACUGGGGCAAGAUGGACCGCUAUGAGGCGGAGCAUCUGCUCGAGGGCAAGCCCGAGGGCACUUUCCUGCUGCGCGACUCGGCCCAGGAGGAGUUCCUCUUCUCAGUUACAUUCCGCAAAUAUGGAAGAUCGUUGCACGCGCGCAUCGAGCAGAGUGGCCACAAGUUUAGCUUCGACUGUCAUGAUCCGUGCGUGUUUACCGCGCCCACUGUGACGGGCCUGCUGGAGCACUACAAGGACCCAUCCUGCGUGAUGUUCUUCGAACCCUGCCUGACCAUGCCGCUGCAUAGGAGACAGACCUUCUCGCUGCAGCAGCUGGCGCGAGCCACGAUCGUCUCGAGCACCAGCUACGAUGGCAUCAAUCAGCUGGAGCUGCCGGGGCCACUGAAGAGCUACCUCAAGGAGUACCACUACAAGCAAAAGCUGCGCGUCAAGCCCUGCGAUGCCCACACACCGGCACCGUUCUACGGCAACGUAUAGUCCGCGGCCCAUUCGGCUCAUCCGGCAAACCAGCAGCCGAUGGGCUUCUUCUACUACGAGGAAGUGGACAGCGACGAUGACGAUGAGGGUGUCAACAUCGUCCACCUGUCCUAUGUGCAGCCCGACGAGGAGGUGGUCCGAUUACAGGACAGCAGGCAGGCAGCAACCAGCGGAAGGCGGCCUCAUCGAGCUGUCUCAUCGAAUCUACAAGAGCAGCUGUGCCGGCUGCCCCAUCGCAUGGCCGUUGCCUUGGGCCGGAUGUCGUCGAAUCUAAACUGUUAUCAGCCCAUGGCAACGCUGCAGCGCAGCAAGCGCAACGCCUGAUGCAACGCAGCAAGAAUUAAAACCAAAACUCAACUAGAGACAAUCCCAGUGCAUCGUGUGCCGCCACCAUAAAGGUAUAGGAAAACUAUACGGAAAAAGCCUCCAAAAAACAAAAAGUGUGGAAUCAAAAUCAAAUCUAAUUAAUUGUACUAUUACUAAGUAUUAUCGCUUAAUGCAAUUCCUCCCCUACCCAAACCCUACCCCUACCUCCACUCUCCUAUGAUAAGUAUUGCUAGGAAAACUCGAUCUGCAUUUUGUUUUCCCGCAAGGAAAAGUAUUUCUCGUAAUAUUUCGAUGUAUAGUACGUAUUUAUUUCAAAACCAUUAACUGUAAUUUAUGGAAUCUAAAUUAUGUGUAAAUAUGAACAGUUGUAGCUACAUAUAUCAAUACUAUAUAUAGUAGAUCGGAUGCGUAUAUGAAAUACAAAAUAGUUAGUGUAAAAACUCUCUCUCAUUAGCCAAAUUUCAAAUAAUUUCAUUUAUUUAUAUGUAUUUAUGUAUGUCCGCUCGUACAUUUACAUUGUAUUUAUUUAUUCAAAGAAGUUUUCCGCCUACAUAUAAAGGAAAACCGUUCGAUUGUACAUAUUCUGGAUCUUCGUAUUAGCUAUAGUUAAGCAUUAUCCAAUAUACAAAUAUACAAGAUGCAAGAUAAAAGAUACAUGUAUUCCUAAUUAGGUGGUUGCUGUUAUUCGUAAACAUUCAGUAAGCAGUUGUUUCCAAGACCCUAACAUAUUUUACAUAUCCAAAACUGUUGAUGAGCAUGAGUAUCCCCGAAAAUACAAAAAGCCAAAACAAAUAAAGUUGAUGAUCAAAUUUAGCAAUGAAUU